GGUUCCGACUGUUCGAAUAGCACUUCUUCCUGCAAUAGUUGUUCCACACCAGGAUCCCCAUUUCAAAUGGAUGGAUCGCGGUGUCUCCUGGCCAAUGCAAUCUCCUUCAAUCUCUCCCGACCCCCUUCUCUUGAUCAUACACCCACUCCAUCCUCUUCCAACGAUCCUUCCUUCGAGUCUCCUCCUGGUAAAUCAAGCACUCGAUGA